UGUUUCAGUUGCCGUUUACGCUCGCUCUUUACCUCUCACACCCCGUGUGAACACAAGAAAUCAUGAAGGUGCGGUCAUCUGUGAAGAAGAUGUGUGAAUUUUGUCGGACAGUUAAACGUCGAGGGCGUGUCUAUGUGUUGUGCUCAGCCAACCCUAAGCACAAGCAACGACAAGGCAUGUCAACAUCGGCAAGUGAAGCUCCAUCUAAUCCCAUGUAUGCGUCCAUAAGCGGCUCCAACCAGGUAAUUAGACCUACUCAUGUUUUGGGCACAGGUCUGGCUUCUAUUAUUCCAAAAAGGCACAGCUUGUCUAUGUUGUAUGGAUGGAGGGUGGGCCUGGCAUCUAUUCUGUCCAUGAAGUAGUAAAAAUAAUCAGUAACCUUAAAUCCAGAUAUUACAAGGAAUAUGUGUGAAGAAAUUGAUAAUCAACGGUUCUGGAUUAAGGCCUCUGGCCUGCAUUCUUCAUACUUUAUAUUGGUUGAUGAAGUUGUCUCAAAAUUAUUUAUUCCUCACCGUAUUUGGUAUGCUUCAAGGAUUUUGUUUCUCCUUCAAGAAUAUGAUCAACAGAAUGUA